AUGUCUGUUACUUUAGCUACUCCUCAGGAAAACUUGAUUGAAUUAACUUGGUCUGAUGAUAAAUCAUCCAAGUAUCAUAAUAUCUGGUUACGUGACAAUUGCCAUUGUUCAAAUUGUUACUACACUUUAACCAAACAAAGAUUAUUAAAUUCCGCUUUGAUUAAUCCAGAUAUUAAACCAAAAUCUAUUCAAUUGAAUGAUACAGCCAAAGAAUUGGAGAUCACUUGGGAUCAAGAUGAUCAUGUUUCGAAAUAUGAUUUCCAUUGGUUAAGAUUACAUUCUUAUCAGCCACGUUUAAUUCCAAUCACUGAAAAAUUAAAAGGUGCAAAUACUUUACUUGCAAGAGAAUUAUGGCAAGUUAAAGAUAUCGAGAAUAAUUUACCAAGUGUUGAUUACAAUGAUGUUAUGAAAUCUACAGAUGAUAAUGAAGAUGCUAUUAAAGAUUGGUCUUUAAAAAUUUGGAAACAUGGAUUUUGUUUUAUUGAUAACGUUCCUGUUACUCCUGAAGAUACUGAAAAAUUGUGUGAAAAAUUAAAUUAUAUUAGACCAACUCAUUAUGGAGGAUUUUGGGAUUUUACUUCUGAUUUAGCUAAAGCCGAUACGGCAUAUACAAAUUUUGAUAUCAGUAGUCAUACUGAUGGUACUUAUUGGUCAAAUACUCCAGGUUUACAAUUGUUCCAUUUAUUAUAUCAUGAUGGAACUGGUGGUACCACUUCAUUGGUUGAUGCUUUUAAAUGUGCUGAAAUUUUGAAAGAGAAGUAUCCAGAAAGUUAUGAAAUCAUGACAAGAAUCAAAAUUCCAGCUCAUUCUGCCGGGGAAGAAAAAGUUUGUAUUCAACCAGAUGAACCAAGACCUAUUUUUAAACUUGAUGAUAAUGGUGAAUUAUUACAAGUUAGAUGGAAUCAAAGUGAUAGAUCAACAAUGGAUAAUUGGGAGAAUCCAAAUGAUGUACCAAAAUUUUAUGAAGCUAUUCGUAAUUGGGUUAGUAUUAUUAGUUCUCCAGAAAAUGAAAUCUUUUAUCAAUUGAAGCCUGGCCAAUGCUUGAUUUUUGAUAAUUGGAGAUGUUUCCACCUGAGAACUGAAUUUACAGGUAAAAGAAGAUUAUGUGGUGCUUAUAUCGAAAGAGAUGAUUUUGUAAGUAGAUUAAAAUUAUUAGUUUUAGGUAGACAAACUGUUUUAGAUGCCAUAUAA